AAACCCAAGACAGCUGAAAACCAGAAGGCGUCUGAGGAGAAUGAGAUUACUCAGACGGGUGCAUGCAGAGCCAAGCCGGGCCUUCCCUGCCUGAACCUUGAAGCUGCUCUGCCUCUGAGCCCAGCCCUCAUCCACUCAUCACAUUCACCAACCAACCUGCACGCACACACAGGGUCAUCUGAUUGUAACAUCAGUUGCAAGGGGAUGACAGAGCGCAUUCACAGCAUCAACCUUCACAACUUCAGCAAUUCAGUGCUCGAGACCCUCAACGAGCAGCGCAACCGUGGCCACUUCUGUGACGUGACGGUCCGCAUCCACGGGAGCAUGUUACGUGCCCACCGCUGCGUGCUGGCAGCCGGCAGCCCCUUCUUCCAGGACAAGCUGCUGCUGGGCUACAGUGACAUUGAAAUCCCCUCGGUGGUGUCAGUCCAGUCCGUACAAAAACUCAUUGACUUCAUGUACAGUGGGGUGCUGCGGGUCUCCCAGUCAGAGGCUCUGCAGAUCCUCACUGCUGCCAGCAUCCUUCAGAUCAAGACUGUGAUUGACGAGUGCACGCGGAUCGUUUCACAAAAUGUGGGUGAAGUCUACCCGGUUAUCCAGGACUCUGGCCAGGAGACACCACGAGGGACACCCGAAUCUGGCACCUCGGGACAGAGCACCGACACAGAGUCUGGCUACCUGCAGAGCCACUCACAGCACAGCGUGGACAGGAUCUACUCUGCGCUCUACGCCUGCUCAAUGCAGAAUGGCAGUGGGGAACGCUCCUUCUACAGCGGAGCAGUGGUUAGCCACCACGAGACAGCCCUGGGGCUGCCCAGGGACCAUCACAUGGAAGACCCGAGCUGGAUUACACGGAUCCAUGAGCGCUCACAGCAGAUGGAGCGGUACCUCUCCACCACUCCAGAGACCACCCACUGCCGCAAGCAACCACGCCCUGUCCGGAUCCAGACCCUGGUGGGCAACAUCCACAUCAAGCAGGAAAUGGAGGAUGAUUAUGACUACUACGGCCAGCAAAGGGUGCAGAUCCUGGAGCGCAAUGAGUCUGAGGAAUGCACUGAGGACACUGACCAAGCAGAAGGCACUGAGAGCGAGCCCAAGGGGGAGAGCUUUGACUCGGGAGUCAGUUCCUCCAUUGGCACUGAGCCCGAUUCCGUGGAGCAGCAGUUCAUGGCCAGCCUGGGCCGUGAGGGUCAGCAGGAACCUUCCCAAGCAGAGCAAAGUGACGCCCCUGCUGAAGGCACUCAGCCCCAGCAGCAGCUGCAAAUGGAUGCCAACUCCUCCUCUCCAGAGAGAAACAACGACAUUGAGAUGGAUGGCAAAGUGCUUACAGUGAAUAACAGCACCGAAAAGGGGACCUUGCAGCCUUCUGCCAACACAACUGCUGCCCAACAAUUGCCAAGCACCCAGCUCUAUUUACGCCAGACAGAAACCCUCACCAGCAAUCUGAGGAUGCCACUGACUCUGACCAGCAACACUCAGGUCAUUGGCACAGCUGGCAACACCUACCUGCCUGCCCUUUUCACCACACAAUCUGCUGGCAGCGGCCCUAAGCCUUUCCUUUUCAGCCUGCCCCAGCCCUUAGCUGGCCAACAGACACAGUUUGUGACAGUGUCCCAGCCUGGCCUGUCAACCUUUACUGCCCAGCUGCCGGCCCCACAGCCCUUGGCUCCCUCUGCGGGCCACAGCACAGCAGGUGGGCAGGGUGAAAAAAAGCCUUAUGAGUGCACUCUCUGUAACAAGACUUUCACCGCCAAACAGAACUACGUCAAGCACAUGUUUGUACACACAGGUGAGAAACCCCAUCAGUGCAGCAUCUGUUGGCGCUCCUUCUCCUUAAAGGAUUACCUAAUCAAACACAUGGUGACACACACCGGCGUGAGAGCAUACCAGUGCAGCAUCUGCAACAAACGCUUCACCCAGAAGAGCUCACUCAAUGUGCACAUGCGCCUCCACCGUGGGGAAAAAUCCUACGAGUGUUACAUCUGCAAGAAGAAGUUCUCCCACAAGACCCUGCUGGAGAGGCACGUGGCUCUUCACAGUGCCACCAACGGCACACCCGGCACCACAGGCACCGGCACAAGGGCCGUCCCUGCCGGGGUGGUGGCCUGCACGGAGGGGACCACAUACGUGUGCUCCGUCUGUCCAGCUAAGUUUGACCAAAUCGAGCAUUUCAACGACCACAUGAGGAUGCAUGUGUCUGACGGAUAAGUAGAAUCUCUCUCUUUAUUAUGAACAAACAAACAAAAAAGUAGAAACAACAACAACAAAAAAAGCUAUGGCACUAGAAUUUAAGAAAUGAUUUUUGUUUCGUUUUUACCUUUAUUUUCCUUCCUUUUUUUUUUAGUUUGUUUCAUUUUGUCGUUUUUGUACUACAUGAAGAACUGUUUAUUGCCUGCUGGUACAUUACAUUUCCGGAGGCUAGGUGAAUAAUAAUUUUCCUAACCUCCCUUGGAUGGUGGCCUUAAGGCCAGGUAGUGUUUCAAGAGCUCCACUGGUUGGAUCUCUAGCUACUGGCCUCUAAAUACAACCCUUCUUUACUACAAAAACAAAAAAACACAAAAAAAAAAAACAAAAAAAAAAAAACAAUUUCUUUUUUUUCUCACUUGUGAAGAGCACUACAAAAAAACAAAACAAAAGUAUAUUACAAAAUCUACAAGGCCUACUGUCGUUUAAGUACACCGCUUGCAGUGUUUCAAUGGACGUAAUUCACAAUUCUGACCGCUUUUGGACUUCACAGUAUCCAGUUAGAACUGUGGAAUAUAUCACUUCUGGCUGCGCAGCAACCAGAGGUAACAAGGCCCUGCUGGUUUCCACCAUUUGUCUGCUUUCACACAUGCAAACACACAAAGGGCUGAGGAGAGGGCAAGGGAGCAUGAGUUGGAUGGCAUGGAGUUUCUACAGGCUGAGGAAGGAGAAUUAUAGGUUCCUCUCCCAGCUUCUUCUCCAUCCCAUGCUCUCUGGUUCACCCUUCCCCACCACUUUUUCCCCCCCUACCAUCACCUUACAGCAGAAACCAAGAAGAUUCCGACGACGAGCAACGGUGGCUUUCUUUUGUAAUUUAUUCAGUGUCUUCGCUGAGCCCAGGGCCUCAGCACAAUCAAGAGGGACUUUCGCGGAAGGCAAAGAAACACAGAGGAAAAACAAAGAUAUCAGAGGUUUGCGACCUGCGGAUCUAGGUACAAGAGGAGUAGUUCCCACAAUCUUUGCAAAAAAAAAAAAGUUGCAUCAGGAUUUAUUCUUGUGGAAGAAAGAGGAAUAGAGA